AUGAAUACCAGUCGAAAUAAACAACAACAAAAUAGGUCACAGGGUUCUCCCAAUAAACAACCUUUAACCUUUGUUAGUGAAGGCGUUACAAAUAUUGAAGAUGAAAAUGAGAAGGCAAAGCUAGAACAAGAGAAGUUUGAAAGGGAAAGUAAGAUACGAUCCAGGAAAACCUUACGAGACCAAUUAAGAAGUAGCGCUAUUUCCAAGCAAAAAGAAUUUAAUGGAUUAGUUAAGCAAAGAGAAAGUUUCAAUAGAUUGAACGAAGAAGAGAUUGAAUUCUUCAAAAGUAUCGAAGAUGCCAAACUGGCGGAAGAAUCAAAGAUGAAUGAGUAUUUGAGUAGUAAGCUGAACACCUUUGAAAAGAAGAAACGGCUACUCGAGUUGAAGAGCAAGAAGAAGCCUUCGGCAUCAGUUCAUGAUAGUGAUAAAUCCCCAAAGCUAACGACUCCUUCGCCUCGAAUUGUCAAGAUAAAAUCCAAGAAGAAGAAAUUGGGGUUGAAAGUCAACCUGAAACCAUAA